GGAUCGCUGCUGAGGCGGCGGCGUCUUGCUGGAGGGUUUCUCCUCCGUGGUUUCCGGAGGUGCUUCUUCGCUGGACUGCAUCGGCGUUGGCUGCUGCCGGGCCAGACCGGCUCCAGGACUUGGAGAUACCGGGAAUAUAUCUGGCUGCAAAUUGCGAUGCUAGCAAGAGGAUGAGUAACCAGUGGGUGUGAGAAGUUGUCGCCUUCCCUGCCAGCUCUGCACAGGUCCCAUCCUUCUCUGGAGGGUGGAGCCAAAGGGCACCAUGAGUACGGCUGGGCAACUGCCUCAUUCCUUAUGACACAUUAACAGAAGUACCGUAAAGAGAAAGCGUCGUGGUGGGACAGUAAAUUCUAGACAAGCCCAGAAGCGAACUCGGGAAGCAGCGUCCACCCCUGAGAUGGCCUUGGAAGCAGAGCCCAUAGAACUUGUGGAAAGCGCUGGAGACGAAAUAGUGGACCUGACCUGUGAAUCUUUAGAGCCUGUGGUUGUUGACCUGACUCACAACGACUCUGUCGUGAUUAGUAUCACCAGAGGUUUAUUAGAUCUUUCAGAGAACCAACUUUUAGCUUUGUGGAUCCUUUCUCUUAUUGUUGAUGAAAGGAGGCGGCCGAGGAGGAACGCCAGGCGGCCGCGCCAGGACCAUGCUGACAGCUGUGUGGUGAGCAGUGAUGACGAGGAGGUGUCCAGGGACAGAGAUGUGUACGUGACCACCCACACUCCUAGACACGCCAGGGAGGAGGCAGCCGCAGGACUCAGGCCCUCUGGUACUGUCAGCUGUCCGAUCUGCAUGGACGGGUACUCUGAGAUUGUACAGAACGGACGUCUCAUCGUUUCUACAGAAUGCGGCCACGUCUUUUGUAGCCAGUGCCUCCGUGACUCCCUUAAGAAUGCUAACACUUGCCCAACUUGCAGGAAAAAGAUCAACCACAAACGAUACCACCCCAUUUAUAUAUGAAGUGUGGAGAGUGUCAGGAGAGGCAGACGGACAGACAGCCGGGCUGGGUCCUCCACUAAGCCUUUCAUGGCUUCUCUGCCUCAAUUUCCUGAGCUCAGAAAGACUAUUUCAGAGCCAACGUCUGAUAUGUAAACUGCUCUUUUGUUUCAAACCCGCUCUUAGACCCUUUCGUUACCUCCGGUUUACUGCGGUGGAGCUGGAGCCAGGGUCCAGGCGGGGGUCCCCACCUCUGCCCCCCUGGGCAUCCUGGUUCCAGGGUAGGAAAGAGGGAGUUAGGCGCAUCGGAAUUGAGAAUCGUGGUUCCAACCUCUUUCUGGAGCCUGCAUGUCUGCCAAGAAAUUUUCCCCUUUUGGAAAGUCUGCCCCAGCUUCCUCCUGGCAGUGUCAUCAAGGGGCUGGCCCGGCUCUCCCAGGCGGGCUCUGUCGUCCCUGGCGUCAGUCCGCCUCAGCGACCGAGCUAGACCAGGUCCAUCUGGCCCGAGGACCACAGGUGUGAGCACAGCCCUAGAAAGACCCACCACCGGGCGUUUUUCUUCCCUGGCGAGUCUGGGGUGCCCCGUGACUCCACCCACACCUCAGCAGUGAUGUGUGCGGGAUGCUGCAGACCAGGAGACUCUCUACAGGGCAACUCCCGGUUUCCUAAGAACGAAAUGUGCAAUAAAGCCUGUUCUUUGCCUACUUUCCAGCAGCACAGGAGAUGUAGCACUGUUAGUGUCCCCUCAGAGGCCUCAUGUUGCCCGUGGAGUGGUGCCUGUCACAUCCCGUCCUAUUCACCACCUGUUCUCAGGAACUUAGCCCGUGCCCCAUAGUUUUUCACCUGGUGCAGGCCGUGCAAGGUAUAUAGGGCAGACAUGUGGUUGGAUAUCCUCUCUCUUUUCCGAUCAGAUCUGUCCUGUGUUUGCCACAGGCCCUCUGGUCCUCAGUUCCCACUGCCUAAUGUCCACUCGAGUGUAAAGACAGAGCUGGUGGCAGUACGUGAGGCCUUACCAGCCACCCACAUCCCUGCUGUUGUCCAAGUCCGGCUCCCCUGAGUUUCAAAGAGUUCGGCCCACCUGAUACUAGCUGGGCUCCGCCUUGGCUUUCGCCCACACCCCCACACCGGCUGACAUUCAUUUCAGAAGCUGCUCUUCUGACCUUUUGGGCUUUUGACUGCUCCAUAGGUUUGGUUGGCAAAGUAUGGCGGCCUCUUCUCCCCAAGCGACCCAGAUAACACGCUCUGCUCAGCUCCCUCGGUGUGAACAUCUUGGUCCUCAAGGAGGCAACAGGGUGACCUGACUGCCCCUCAUGGCACAGGGCCUGGGGGCAGCCAGCGGGGGAGAGGCCUUGCUGCGGCCGCCCGCCUUGGCCUCUGCACCCUCCUCAGAGGGCUUCUAGCCAAACCACCAGCCUCUUCGUGUGAAACAGCUGCAAGGUGGGGAAGGGGCCUUCUCUGGCUUUGCUAGCAAUAACUGACCUUCAGUUUACCCUUCUGAAGGAGCAGGGACUCGGCACGGAAUUCACUUUAAACGGGGCUGAAGGAGUGUCCCUCCUCUGUGUGAAAAAAAAUUUGUUUUAUUCUUCAUUCUGACUUUUAACUAUUUGGCUCACUUCUGGUUAAUUUGGAUGAAAGUAAUAAUUUUCUACUUGGAGUCAAGGAGGGCAGGACGUCAGUUCCCAUCGGCCUGAUGCUGGGUGUGUCUGCCCUCUGAUUGGACAUCAUUGCCUUUAAGUUCCUCUGGGCUUCAUGGAACCUCUUUUGUUCUGUGCCAACAGUGCCCAGACUUCAGAACCCAGGACGACCGUGCAGCCCAAAUCUCCUUUAAGUUUUGUGCUUAAGGACAAAUGGUUGAUUAUUAGGUUGUAUUCCUUCAUACUAAAUUGGGAAAAAAUGUUUAGUUUCUGCUAUUCAGAAACUGCAAAAUAGGUUGGUAAGAAAAAGAACCAUUUUCCUUUCUUCAUUGUACAUAGUUCAGAUCUUUCUUUGUUACAUUUAAACUAUAUCCAUGUACAUCAGUCUGUUUUUGACUCCUCUACUAGUGUUACGGAUGGAAAUAAAAUCAUUAAUUUGAGCCAGA